AUGAUUUCCGAGAGCCCGGUGGAGAAGCGGGGGUUGGGGGAGGACGAGGACCUCUCCCACGAAGACUUGAGUCGGUGCAACAGCGGAGACAGCGAGAAGGGAGGUGCGGGCGGGCGGGGAAGACGCCGGCGCCGGAAGAGGACUGGGUCGUCCAUGUGCGUGACCAACUUCCACGACGCCUAUCGGCUGACGGGGGAGAUCCUCGGCGAGGGUGCCUACGCCUCCGUCCAGUCCUGCGUCUCCCAGCUGUCCGGACAGGAGUAUGCAGUCAAGGUCGGUGUUUUUUUCUUUUGUUUCGUAUCGAAUAGUCUCGAGUCUAAGAAAGGAGGACCCGGCGGAAGAGUCGGGGGGGCUUCAACAUCCCGCCACGUAAACGUGGCAGACGCGUCACGGUAG